UGCUCUGUCUCUCUCUUUUCUUCGAUUCGAUCAAACAAUUUUCGCAUAACUUUCUUCUUCUUCAGUUUGAUUUCUCUGUCUCGGUGACUCUCUGUGUUUCCGUCGCUUUGAUUUUUUGAAUACCGCGAUUUUCCGUCCUUUUCUCGGGAAAAUCUUGCUGUGAUUAAUCGACUUGGAACAGGUUUGAAAAUGGACAACUUUGAUCUCGAGUACUUUGACGAAGACUAUCAAGGAGUUAUGGAUUUCGGGGACGAACCCUUUGCCUUUGGAGAAGGCGAUAACCUGAGUGAAAUUGAUUCGGACUCUGAGGGCUCGGACUUCGAUGAUGAUUUCGAAUUGAGUAAGCCGAACACUGAUACUUGUGCGGCAGAAGCUAGGGAUGGAAAAGACAUACAAGGAAUCCCUUGGGAAAGGAUGAGUUUUACCAGAGACAAAUACCGUGAGACAAGGUUGAAGCAGUAUAAAAAUUUCGAGAGCCUCUCCGGAUCCCGUGAGGUGCUCGACAAGGAAUGCUUGCAAGUGAAGAAAGGAAAGAACUUCUAUGACUUCCAGUUCAAUACGAGGCUCGUCAAAUCCACAAUUGUACAUUUUCAGCUGAGGAACUUGCUAUGGGCAACAUCGAAACAUGACGUGUACCUUAUGCAGAACUACUCUCUUAUGCACUGGUCAUCUUUGCUCCGGAGAGGGAAAGAAGUUCUUAACGUGGCAAAACCCGUUGUUCCUACACUGAAGCAAACGGGAUCGUUGUCCCAUUCGCUAUCACGUGUUCAGAUAAGUACAAUGGCUGCUAAAGAUAAUCUGAUCGCAGCCGGUGGAUUCCAAGGGGAGCUUAUCUGCAAGUUCGUUAACAGACCUGGAGUUGCGUUCUGCACGAGGGUUACGUCCGAUGAAAAUGCCAUCACUAAUGCCGUCGACAUAUAUCACUCUCCCAGUGGCUCGUUGAGGGUUAUGAUGGCCAACAACGACUGUAGGGUCCGUGUAUUCGACGUCGGAAACUUUGCCUGUCUCAACGAUUUCACCUUCGACUGGUCUGUCAAUAAUGCCUCUGCAAGUCCAGACGGGAAGUUGCUGGCGAUUCUCGGGGACAGUUCCGAGUGCUUGAUAGCGGACGCUCAAUCCGGGAAGGUCACAUCCAGUCUCGAAGGCCAUCUGGACUACUCGUUCGCAUCGGCCUGGCAUCCGAACGGUGUAGUCCUUGCGACAGGGAACCAAGACACAACCUGCAGGCUGUGGGACAUACGGAACAUGUCGGAAUCAUUUGGUGUGAUAAAGGGAAACAUGGGAGCGAUUAGGGCGCUGAGGUUCACGUCGGACGGGCGGUUCUUGGCAAUGGCAGAGCCGGCGGACUUUGUCCACGUCAUCGACACGGAGUCGGGUUACGAGCAUUGCCAAGAGAUCGACAUGUUUGGAGAGAUUGCGGGAAUCUCCUUCAGUCCCGACUCGGAGGCUCUCUUUGUCGGAGUGGCCGACCGUACUUACGGCAGCUUGCUCGAGUUCAAUCGCCGCCGUCACCUUCAUUAUCUUGAUUCUAUCUUCUUCUGAUGCUUUAGUUAGAGUUUGUGUGUGUUUUUCUUCUUCUUCUUCUCCUGGCAGGAAAAAAAAACUUUCAAAUGGAGAAGAAAAGGAUCUAAUACAUAAUUAUGUUAUAAGUUUAGUGUAAUUUUUUUUAUUUAUUGAAUUUUAAUUUUAAAUUUAACAAAUAAAUAUACUAAAUAUUAGAAUGUGUACAAGGAUACUUUUUUUUAA